UCUGAACGUCAGACAGUAAAUGCGCACGAAACAGCGACGUUGCGCCAAAUAUCGAGCAAAAAACCGCUAUACCGGCAUAAAGACUCAAAUAAAUCAUGUAAUAGUCAAUCAGUAGCAGGAGAAUGGGGCUGCGGUUGGUGGAAAAGAACCAGGGAGACAACAUGUGGGACCAAAAGGGUGAGGGGCACCACAGCAAGCGGAUGGUUGUAUUUGUGGCGAUCUUUCUCAUCACGACCCUCUUCAUUCUCUACAACUCCAACAGUGUAAAUGAGUCGUAUGAGGCUUUUAAAGUGAUAGGGUAUAAUAGUGCCUCCAAAAGCACUGACCUGAAGAAAUGGGCUGGAAAAGAUGGCUACGUUCCUGUUUUUGGCAACAAGAGCAUGACCCUACACUGUCGCCAGUGUGCUCUGGUGACCAGCUCAAGCCAUGUACUGGGUACCCGCGCUGGAGCAGAGAUUGACCACACCGAGUGUGUUAUCCGCAUGAAUGAUGCACCUACAUCUGGGUUUGAAGCCGAUGUGGGUAACAAAACUAGCCUUCGUGUUGUUGCUCACUCCAGUGUGAUUCGUCUUGUCCGAAAACCCCAAGAGUUCCUCAACUGUUCUGACUGCCCAUCUAUCAUCUUCUGGGGUCCGCCCACGAAGAUAGGUCGCGAUGCGAAUGGUGCUCUCUACAGGCUGAUCCAUCGUGUUGCUGCCACAUACACCAACCUCACAACCUUCACUGUCACACCGAGCAAAAUGCGCAAGUUCGACACACUCUUUCAUAAAGAGACCGGCCGAGACAGACAGAAGUCUCAGUCAUGGUUGAGCACCGGUUGGUUCACCAUGGUGAUCGCUAUAGAGAUCUGUGACAAAAUUAAAGUUUAUGGGAUGGUGCCUCCCAACUACUGUGGGAGGCAUCCUCAGCCCAAAAGAAUGCCAUAUCACUACUAUAAACCCCGAGGGCCUGAUGAGUGUGUAACGUACCUGCAGAAUGAGAAGGGCCGCCGUGGAAAUCACCAUCGCUUCAUCACUGAAAAACAAGUGUUUGCUCGCUGGGCCAAACUCUACAACAUCAGCUUUGUCCACCCCACCUGGUGAGAACUGGAUAGCAAAAGGCUGCCAGGCUUAUUCCGGGAAAUCCAAUACGGCCACCAGCCCAAGUCUCAGCUUCACGAGACACUGAUCUAAAAUGGCUACCAGCCACAAUAUCCUUCCAGUGGGAAACAGUCAGCCUCACUUUCAGCUCAGCAUGAGUACGGUCCAACAUGGCCCGCAGCUUCAAUCUCCAUCUAAGGAAAAGCAUUCGUUUCACUCUAAAUGACAAAAUGAUGUCCAGCCUCAAAGCCUGAUGAGACACUGAUUUUAACAUGUUGAGAAAAAGUCAAACGGCUGCUUAUUUUACCCAAAGCCUAAAGAGAGAUUAAACCAAAAUAGUUGCUGGUUUCACAUUUAUUACCUGCUGAAGCACUGAUGUUAAUCGGCCACUGGUUUCUCACUGUCUGUAAGAUGAGGAAUUGUUCAGACCUUCUUCUUAUCUUACAGAUCUGGCUGAGCUGAAUAAUUUGAGUAUGAAAGUGGUGCAUGCUUCGACUUUUGAGAGUGUCAUGGCCAUUCUAAAGCCUGACAAAUAUACCAGUCAUUAUAUUUAAACAGAUUUUACAUUUUUUAAAAUGUAUCACAUAAAUAGUGAAAAUUAUGAUAGAGUUGACGAUAUUGCAAUAAUCAGCAAAGUGGUGCUGAGUACUUCGUUUUUGUCAACAGUUGCAUCAUAAAAUUGUGUUUUAAAAUAUUACUUCCCAUGAUUGGUAUUUUUUAAUUUGACUGAUUUCCAGUGUGGGGAGGACCUUCAGAAAAUCAGAAAAGCCUGGAACACAAUGCUGGUACAGUUUGUUUCUGGUAUGUUUCCAGGUAGAAGCUGUUUAGAGAGCGAGAGACAGAGACAAACAUAGAGAGAGAGAGAGACCCUGAGAGUUUUAGGUAAAGGACCCUCAGUGGACAUUUGGACAAUGGCUAGAAUUUCAUCUUUUGUUACCAACAUUUCCGAAAGCACUUAUAAAGGUUUUUGUUUGUUUUUUAAACCAAGGCCUUUCCUUUCCAUCGUAACCUCCCUAUUCUGUGACCUCUUUAUUUCUUUUAUUUCAUUUUUAUAACAGUUUUUAGACUAAUAAUUAUCUUUCAGAUUUCAAUAUUUCACAAUGGACUGUAAUCACUGCCCACCUAUUGUGCCAGCAACACAUGCAAAGACAAAAAGUCAAGUGUUUUGAUACGAUGAUCCUGUUCUAAUUUUAUUAGCUAAUGGUCUCGAGCUUGAACAAUGUUAUUCACAAAACUAACAGAUGAUUCAUUCUGCUGAGAAUCAUUCAAAUUAUAUUCAGAAACACAAGUUCAUUUCAUCAUGCUCAUAAUUAGUCUCUUUGUUCUCAACAUAUUCAAAAGUGUGCUGCCGUGCCAAGAGUUGUGAAUUUUGCUUUUCCAUUAAAAAAAAAAAACCUGAACAGCCAAACAAGUUGGUUUAAUUCUUAGACACAUAUCUAUAAAUGCAAUUACAUCUUUUUUUUUUUUGUAUUAGGUUUCUAACUAAAUUAGUUUUUUUUUUUUUUUUUGCCUGGCACGACACAAAAUGCUCUUGCCCAGUGAUGGGACUGGAUGGGGGGUUAACCACCUCGCUGGCUGUGGAUGUUCCCUGUCUAAUUGAGCUUACUGUAUUGGGAAUGUUUAUAGG